AUUCAAGAUGGCAGCCUAGUGUGGAGAAGUGUAAUGCGGUUAUUAUGUAAACAUGUCACUUUUGAGACUGUGUGCCUUACCAAAGUGUCUGAGUGGUCGAAUACUGUUGGAAAUAAGUGUUCGUCGUGUGUCAAAUGCUGACCGUUGCCACUACUUUCUUACACACCGGAAUAACGUUGAAAGACGAAUAUCAGGUAUAUCUUGUGUUGUCCCUCGCUCUAGCUAAGUUAAGUCAACGGGACGGGUGCUCAAACAUGCAGAAUUCAUAAUUCAGACAGUGCUGUCAGACCUGGAACGCGCACUGAAUAUCACUUGUGAUAUAUCUCAAUGUAUACAGCUUGUUUGUAACGUUAGCUAAAUUAACUGACCAGCCACCCCCUCAAUCCUGUCGUGGUUUUUGUAGCCAUGUAGCUAGCUAGUUAACUUUGAAACAGUUGUUAGCUAGCGAUCAUAUCAUGGGUGACGUUACAUUACUUACAUCAGAGGUCGUUGGCUGAUGAAAAUGCCAAUAUAUACAUUUAUUUUCAAGACUUUGCUAAUCCGUACUAAAUGGCAAAUUACUUGACUCAAGUCAACCAUCUACCUAUGAGUUGGAAUGUUUUGAAAUAGCACAUUUUGUCCAUGAGCCAGACCCCCACAUUUGGGCUGUCAUGUCUCAUAGUGAUUUGUUUUGAAGGUCCAUGUCCCUAUAGUUGGAAAAUGUGUCAUAGCAGUGCAGCAAUGGCAGCUUUCUCUGUGUUAUCAGUCUUUAUUUCAUUCCUCCAUCACAUUCAUUUUCCCCCCACCUUUAUUUAACCAGGUAAGCCUAUGACAAACUAUGGCAGUAUACAACAAGCUAUUGCUCGCUUAUAUCCUUUAAUCAUUGGACAUUUUAGAUUCACAAUUAUCCAUCAGACACAUUUUCAGAAAGUUCAGGUUAACAGAAUUGUUUUACCUCUAGGGUAUAUAUCAGAAUUACCCGUUUAAAUGGCUUUAAAACAGAAACCCUGAUACAUUUAAAACUUUGUAUGACAAGUGGUUCUGAAAGGUCAUGAAAUUACCUUUCAAAUGAUAUGUAAUAUAACCAACUUUGAAAGCACCAGCUACAGCUAUUGUUUAAAAAUCGCCAAUAUUGUGCCAUUGACAUUAGAAUGUUGGGAGCUUAGCCAUAGAAAUCCAUGUAAUAGGGCAGCUAUGUUUUUGGAUUGUAACUUUGGUGAAAUAGGCACCAAAUUGCACAUACAGAGCAAGAACAGGGUUUAAAAAGAUGUGUAGAUACAGGUCUAUCACAGAAUUCACUCAUUAGCCCCACAGAAGCCCUUUCCAAUAUGGCUGCCAAACAACUCAAUGGGCUCUUAUUUCACAAUUUCGCAUGACUGUACCUGUAUGAAAUAUAAUUGUAGUAUGCCCAAAAAUAUAUUGAAAUGUUAAUAGUGAUGUAUAAUACACAACCACAUGAGCCAGGUGUGCUAUAUAUAUAAGGAUGUUAAAUAAUUAUACAUUGCUUUGAACAUUUCAAUAUAUUUCUGGGCAUACUACAAUUGUAUUUCAUACAGGUAUGAUCAUGUGGCGUUGUCCAAUAAGACCCCAUUGAAUUGUAUGGUGGACAUAUUGGAAAAAGGCUUCUGUGGGGUUAAUGGGUGAAUUCUGUGAUGGCCCUGUAUCUACAAAUCUAUUAAAAACCCUGUUCUAGCUGUGUGUGUGCAAUUUGGUGCCUCUGCCACCAAAGUUAAAAUCCCCAAACAUUGCUGCCACAUUACAUGGAACUUUAUGGCUACGCUUCCAACAUUCUAAUGGCAAUGGCACAAUAUGGUCAAUUUUUAAACAGUAGUUGUAGCUGGUGCUUUCAAAGUUGGCUAUAUUAUAUAUAAUUUGAAAGGUAGUUUCAUGAUCUUUCAGAACCACUUGUCAAACAAAGUUUAAAAUGUAUCAGGGUUUCAUUUUAAAAGCCAUUUAUACAGGUAAUUUUGAUAUGUAUGAGGUCAAAGAUCAAAUUACUGUUGACCUGAACAUUCCAAAAAUAUGUUUGAUGGAUAACUGUGAAUGCAAGCUUUCCAAUAAUAUUUGAUUAAAGGGUAUACGUGAGCAAUAGCUUGUUGCAAACUGACAUUGUUGUCAUAGGGUAAAAUCCCUGACCGACCACCCCUGGUUCAUGUACUAAUUGACGUCCACAUGCUUCUGCCUAAGGAGCCUGGGCCCACCCUAAAAUAUUGCCUGCAAAAAAUGUUUUUGCACAUAUACAGUACCAGUCAAAAGUUUGGACACACUUACUCAUUCAAGGGUUUUUCUUUAUUUUUUACUAUUUUCUACAUUGUAGAAUAAUAGUGAAGACAUCAAAACUAUGAAAUAACACAUAUGGAAUAAUGUAGUAACCAAAAAAGUGUUAAACAAAUCAAAAUAUAUUUUAUAUGUGAGAUUCUUCAAAGUAGCCACCCUUUGCCUUGAUGACAGCUUUGCACACUCUUGGCAUUCUCUCAACCAGCUUCAUGAGGAAUGCUUCUCCAACAGUCAUGAAGGAGUUCCCACAUAUGCUGAGUACUUGUGGGCUACUUUUCCUUCACUCCAGUCCAACUUAUCUCAAUUGGGUUGAGGUUGGGUGAUUGUGGAGGCCAUGUCAUCUGAUGCAGCACUCCAUCACUCUCCUUCUUGGUCAAAUAGCCCUUACACAGCCUGGAGGUGUGUUUUGGGUCAUUGUCCUGUUGAAAAACAAAUGAUAGUCCCACUAAGCGCAAACCAGAUGGGAUGGCGUAUCGCUGCAGAAUGCUGUGGUAACCAUGCUGGUUAAGUGUGCCUUGAAUUCUAAAAAAAAUCACAGACAGUGUUACCAGCAAAGCAUCCCCACACCAUCACACCUCCUCCUCCAUGCUUCACGGUGGGAACCACACAUGUGGAGAUCAUCUGUUCACCUACUAUGCGUCUCACAAAGACACGGCGGUUGGAACCAAAAAUCUCACAUUUCGACUCAUCAGACCAAAGGACAGAUUUCCACCUGUCUAAUGUCCAUUGCUCAUGUUUCUUGGCCCAAGCAAGUCAAUCAAUCAAUCAAUCAAAUUUGAUUUAUAAAGCCCUUUUUACAUCAGCAGAUGUCACAAAGUGCUAUACAGAUACCCAGCCUAACACCCCAAACAGCAAGCAAUGCAGAUGUAGAAGCAAGUCUCUUAUUCUUAUUGGUGUCCUUUAGCAGUGGUUUCUUUGCAGCAAUUCGACCACGAAGGCCUGAUUCACGCAGUCUCCUCUGAACAGUUGAUGUUGAGAUGUGUCUGUUACUUGAACUCUGUGAAGCAUUUAAUUGGGCUGCAAUCUGAAGUGCAGUUAACUCUAAUUAAGUUAUCCUCUGCAGCAGAGGUAACUCUGGGUCUUCCUUUCCUGUGGUGGUCCUCAUGAGAGCCAGUUUCAUCAUAGCACUUGAUGGUUUUUGCGACUGCACUUGAAGAAACUUUUAAAAUUCUUGAAAUGUUCCGUACUGACUGAUCUUCAUGUCUUAAAGUUCCUCUUUGCUUAUUUGAGCUGUUCUUGCUAUAAUAUGGACUUGGUUUUUUACCCAAUAGGGAUAUCUUCUGUAAACCACCCCUACCUUGUCACAACACAACUGAUUGGCAGAAACGCAUUAAGAAGGAAAGAAAUUCCACAAAUUAACUUUUAACAAGGCACACCUGUUAAUUGAAAUGCAUUCCAGGUGACUACCUCAUGAAGCUGGUUGAGAGAAUGCAAAGGUGUCAUCAAGGCAAAGGGUGGCUACUUUGAAGAAUCUCAAAUAUAAAAUAUAUUUUGGUUUGUUAAACACUUUGUUGCUUACUACAUAAUAUAAUAUAAUAUGCCAUUUAGCAGACACUUUUAUCUAAAGCGACUUACAGUCAUGCGCGCAUAAAAACAUUUUUGUGUGUGGGUGGUCCCGGGGAUCGAACCCACUACCUUGGUGUUACAAGCGCCGUGCUCUACCAGCAGAGCUACAGAGGACCACAUGAUUCCAUAUGUGUUAUUUCAUAGUUUUGAUGUCUUCACUAUUAUUCUAGAAUGUAGAAAAUAGUAAAAAUAAAGAAAAACCCUUGAAUGAGUAGGUGUGUCCAAACUUUUGACUGGUACUGUAUAUAUAGUAAUUCUCUGUUUUUGUCAAAGUAAUGCUCACAACCGUCUUCUAACAGAGCCACCAUGGACAUCACAACGAAGACAUGUCUCAGCUCUGAUCCCAAAGAAAGAGGAUGGUAAAAAACGAGUAUGGGAACAAUCUCAGCUGUUAGAUGGUUUGUAAUGAAUUCCUUUUAUCAUGCAUGUGAUCCCUCAAAUGCUUUUAUAUGUUUGUUUUCUAUUAUAUCACAAUGCUAGUAUUUUCUCUCUCCCAUUUUGUUUUGCAGUGCUUGAAGCCAGAAUCCAGCAACUCCAAUCUGACAUCGUUCUAGAUGUCCAACAUGCAAAGGUACAAUUUGUCAAAGCUACCAAGUCAGGGAGAGGGGCUUCUUCAGGGAAGAGUCACAAAAAAUGUUCUGGGGAGAGGACUGAGGUGCCCACGGUGGGACAGACUAUUAGUAAGGGAGGGGGACAGACUGGUAAGGGAGGGGGCAAAGAUGCUUCAGCCUCCAAAUCCCGCUGGAUGGAGAAACUGAGUCAGGAGAAGAAGACUAAAACAAAGAAACUGAAGCAGAAGCUAGGCAUAGAGAAUAAACCUGUGAAAAGCAGAAAAGGCAAACUAAUGCUACCAGGUACCUCACAAAAAAACAUAUUGACAAAAGCAGGAAAAAAGACUGCAUCAACCUCUAAAAAGAGCAAGACUCUGAAAAACCAAGAGCCAACUGUGGCAGCUGCACCGGUUGCUGCUGCAACUGUGCUUAUUAGAAAAGCCAAACGAAAGGGGAAAGCCUCAAAGGAGCCAGCUCCUGAGUUGUCUGAGGCUGAGGCCAGGGACCAGGAGCUGGCUGAGCUGGAGAGGAAGGCAGAGGCCAAGGCCCAGGAGAUGGCUGAGGUGGAGAAGUUAGAGAGGAAGCUUAACCAGUGGGCUAUGUCAGCCAGCCCGAAGCUCGUGCAGGAUAACAGCGAGGACGGGGUGUACAGGGACGUCCAGACUAGUGUGCAGUGCUACCUGGAGGCCUGUGUGUUCUGUGGCGACAUCGACCGAGCCCACCACCUCCUGCUCACUCACCACCGCAUGAUCAGCCGGCGCAACCUGCUCAACAUAGGACUCUACAACAUCAUGAUGAGGGUCUGGGCCAAAAAGGUAAGUGCUGCUCACUCUUGUAUUAGAAUUGUAGAAUUCUAAUACAUUUUAGAGACUUGUGUAGAAAUUCUGCAUUACCUCCUUAUUCUCCAUGUGGACAACUACAGGGCUCUUUGAACCAGAUUGGGCGUAUGUUCAUUCUGGUAGAAGAGGCAGGUCUGAAGCCUAACCUCAGCUCCUACUGUGCUGCAUUGGAGUGUAUGGGCCGAACCCCUAACUGUUCUCCAAAGGUCAUCAACAGGUAGGCUAACCCACAGACACAGCCAUUUACAGACCUUAACUCAUUACUGUAACUCUAGGUUCAUCUGGAACUUUUUGACAUUAGGUAAAUAUGAUAGUAUUUGACUGUAAAACAAAACAAUGCCCAGACCUUCAAGACUGCAUUGGAAAGUGGGCUUAGAAUGUGUAAGAGAAUUGGUUGUUGUCUUGGAUGAUCAUUACUAGAUGGCCAGUGCAUGUGUAGCCAGAGUUUCCCACUAGAUGUCAGACUCUCCUAUUAGCUUUGCGGUUCAUGUUUCUCUUUAUUCUAGCUUCCUCUGUGAUCCAGUGUUAACGAGCGUGUCUAGACAUACUGGGAUUUCAACACUGUUUAAAUAUGAGAUCAUCAACAUUUCUGGCCUUAUUUUUUUCUACCGCUCUACCCUGGCUAGCACCUGGCCACUCAAUACCCUCUAGUCUAGAGGAAGCUGCCAUUAUAGUUCCUGUAAUACGUUGUUGACUGGGGCAUUGUUGAGGGCUGAGCACGUGGGCCAGCUGUGUGUGGAGAGGUGUUAUGGGUGCCAGCGAAGCGUCUUUCCUGGAAGUGAGGAGGCACUGGGCAGGACAAGUGUUGUAGUCCAGCCUCCCUGACCCCUCAUUUCCUGCUCUCCUCCAUCACUAUCUAUGGGCCUAUUGUGGUCUCCACAGUAACCAAGUGGAGGAAAGUGUUUUCAAGUGGACUGGUUAUUAUCUGCACAUCCUUCACCAUGUUGUUUUAUCAAUGGUCAAUUCAACCUUCUGGCAUAUCUUUCUAUGCUCCUGCUAUGUAGUGUUUUCAACUGUCUCGACUCUUGACCAACUGAACGGAAGCUUGGGAAGUUGUGAAUACUGUAGCAGAGUAGUUGAUGAGUGUCAGGAUAGCAGCUACUGUCUCAUCCAGGUGACUCAUUCAAUCUAGCCUUUUCUCCUCAAGGACAGCAGAAUGGAUGGUGGUCAGUACGUAAGGCAUUCUGAAUGAGAAGUCUCCAAUGAUGAGUGAUAUUGAGUUUAGGCCAGUAGCAGUGUCAGUGACUGCAUGCUUCCUCCAGACAGAUUUAUUGCAUAAAAUUUUGAAUGGAGGCACACAUUACCUCAAUUACCUCGACUAACUGGUGCCCCCGCACAUUGACUCGGUACCGGUACCCCCUGUAUAUAACCUCGCUACUGUUAUUUUACUGCUGCUCUUUAAUUAUUUGUUACUUUUAUUUCUUAUGUUUUUUUUAUCUAAUGUUUUUUUUUUUACAUUUGAUUUGAUUCAAUUUUUGGAUGUGUGUAUAUUGAUGUGUAUUGAUGUGAAUACACGGCUCAUCUGUGAAAGAGACCCUAGUCUCAGUAUGACUCCCUGUCAAAAUAUAUUAUUUAUUUAUUUUUGUUAUUAUACUUUUUUUAUUAUGAAACAUCGCCAUAUGUAACUUCUAGCUCUCCCAGGACUUGGUCUAUCUUAAUGAAUGUCCCUAUCUGAUGUUGGCCAAUCUGCUGACUGACUAUACAGAGACGGGGCCAAAUGGAUUUCAGUCAGCCCAAAUGGAUUGUGAUUGAUACUGUAUGUGUUUGGCUGUUAACAGCCUGCUGUCAGUAAUUUGAUGAUGCUUAUUGGACAAGGAAAUAACACAGACUAUUUGGAGGCUUGGUGAAACUCAAUUUGUCAAUGUCAAUGUGCUGACUAGGACGUUAGGCUAAUUCAUUCAAAAGGACAUUUAAGAAAUGUAUCUGCAAAAACUGGCUGGUAAAAUUAUUGGAAUUCAUAACACAAAGACUGUUCUAUCAGAUUUGGUUUCUAGCCUUGUUGUGUAGAACUGCAGUUUGUUUGAAUACAGAGUCACUGCAGAGAAUCCUGAGUUGACCCUUGGUCAGUCUGUGGUUGUGGUGAAAGUUAUGUUUUCCUUUCAAGUGGUCUUUCAGACUAUCAUGAUGCUGACCCUCUUGUCUCCAGCUAUCCCUCCCUACUCUACUGUUCCCCCUGAGGAUAUCACCCUAUGCAGCGUGGCCCAAUGACAGAGCAGGUUGCAGAGCAGUAGGGGUGGAUAGGGCCAGCUGGUUGGUCCAUCGAUCACUGUAUGGUGAUACCAAUGACAUUUGUUGUUUUGCGGUGGUGCUUUCUUGCUCACUCUUCAGCCCAGCCAUUACAUCUUUCUCUCACGCUGUUCUUCCUCCCCUUCCCCUGUCCGUCUCCAGUUCCCCCUCUCUCUUUCUGUCUCUGGCCGUACUGUAUCUCCUGGCCUGAUAUGGUUGCCAUUGUCCACAGUGGCACUGUGCCUGGCGACUAGCGUCCUUUUAAAGCAAAUCUCAUUCCUACACAACUAAAGUUUAGCUUCAGCUAGCUCAAUUCAGCUUCCUCUCUCUCUCUCUAUAUAUAUAUAUAUAUACAGUGGGGAGAACAAGUAUUUGAUACACUGCCGAUUUUGCAGGUUUUCCUACUUACAAAGCAUGUAGAGGUCUGUAAUUUUUAUCAUAGGUACACUUCAACUGUGAGAGACGGAAUCUAAAACAAAAAUCCAGAAAAUCACAUUUUAUGAUUUUUAAGUAAUUCAAUUGCAUUUUAUUGCAUUGCAAAAAUCCCAGAACCACACGGGGGGACCUAGUGAAUGACCUGCAGAGAGCUGGGACCAAAGUAACAAAGCCUACCAUCAGUAACACACUACGCCACCAGGGAGUGCCAGACGUGUCCCCCUGCUUAAGCCAGUACAUGUCCAGGCCCGUCUGAAGUUUGCUAGAGUGCAUUUGGAUGAUCCAGAAGAGGAUUGGGAGAAUGUCAUAUGGUCAGAUGAAACCAAAAUAUAACUUUUUGGUAAAAACUCAACUUGUCGUGUUUGGAGGACAAAGAAUGCUGAGUUGCAUCCAAAGAACACCAUACCUACUGUGAAGCAUGGGGGUGGAAACAUCAUGCUUUGUGGCUGUUUUUCUGCAAAGGGACCAGGACGACUGAUCCGUGUAAAGGAAAGAAUGAAUGGGGCCAUGUAUCGUGAGAUUUUGAGUGAAAACCUCCUUCCAUCAGCAAGGGCAUUGCAGAUGAAAUGUGGCUGGGUUUUUCAGCAUGACAAUGAUCCCAAACACACCGCCCGGGCAACGAAGGAGUGGCUUCAUAAGAAGCAUUUCAAGGUCCUGGAGUGGCCUAGCCAGUCUCCAGAUCUCAACCCCAUAGAAAAUCUUUGGAGGGAGUUGAAAGUCCGUGUUGCCCAGCGACAGCCCCAAAACAUCACUGCUCUAGAGGAGAUCUGCAUGGAGGAAUGGGCCAAAAUAGCAGCAACAGUGUGUGAAAACCUUGUGAAGACUUACAGAAAACGUUUGACCUGUGUCAUUGCCAACAAAGGGUAUAUAACAAAAUAUUGAGAAACUUUUGUUAUUGACCAAAUACUUAUUUUCCACCAUAAUUUGCAAAUAAAUUCAUUAAAAAUCCUACAAUGUGAUUUUCUGGAAAAAAAAUUCUAAUUUUGUCUGUCAUAGUUGACGUGUACCUAUGAUGGAAAUUACAGGCCUCUCUCAUCUUUUUAAGUGGGAGAACUUGCACAAUUGGUGGCUGACUAAAUACUUUUUCCCCCACUGUAUAUAUAUCUCCAUCAUCAUCAUCGUUUUCUUGGUGUACACUUGUCAGCUCCCUGUGCUGAUCUACACUGCGUGGGCUGAUAGCAGUGUUAUCCCCGCCUCUCUCUCCAGUCUCUUUGUUCCUCCAGACAACACUGAGAGAACAAGGCUGAGAAAAUGACAUAUUAAACAGUACAGGGAGAAGACUUUAAAAGCCAAUUCAAUCUGUCGCUCCUGACCAGAAGUAUUUUAACGAUACCCAAAACAUGCAAAGAAAUCAGGGUGACACAAAAAUGUUUGGUUCUGUUUGGUUCUGUGAAUGCCUGGAGAAUUUAACUGGAGUGGUGGCUGUGUGGAUGGACGCUGCUAAUUGUGUUAGUCUGAUGAGGGGCUGAUGGGUGUUUUUUUAAUUAUUUUUUUAUAGUCAUUUAGCAGACGCUCUUAUCCAGAGCGACUUACAUGAGCAAUUAGGGUUAAGUGCCUUGCUCAAGGGCACAUUUAAGCAGGAUUUCCAGCACAAGGUAAUUAAGGUCUUGUUAUUUAAUUACUGUCUUGCAGAAAGGUGUGGAGGGCAAAGGAAUAUUCUCUCAUUGAUGACAAAUCUUCCCCCCUCCAAUACCCCAUCCGUUUGUCUGUCACAGUGUCGCAGUGUUCUCUCUUACUCCACUAGAGGGCAGUGCUAACACAUAAGCCCACCAUGGCCCUCUGUCUCUGGGUUACAUCGAGGUGUUACACAUCACAUGCCACAACCUAACUUUUCCUACCUAUUGACAGAUGGCAGAUAUGUUAAGCAUCCAUACAGUGCUCUGAAACAGUCACAUAUAGGAUACGUUUACCCAAGAGUAGAAUAGGGUAGACACCUCAUCCCAUGAGUAGAGGAAAAUAGAAUCAUUCUUGAAUCUAUAGUAACUCGACUAGAAUGAAAUAGAAUAGAACAUUAUUUCCAUUAUUGGAGACAGCAAUGUGUCUCUUUGGCCCUCUCCCUGCCAUGCUGUCUGACACAUAACAUGCUUCUUCUCAGACAUUCAGGUUGACUUAGCUUAGUAGUACACUUCAACUUUGUCUCUUGUUUUGUUCACAAAGGCUCCAUCGGUUAUCCAACGGUCCGCUUUGAAUUAGCCUCCCUCCCUUUUCAGCUUCAGUUGUUGCUCCAUACACUACAUUCUGUAUUCCACUGGCUGUGUGCACAUUGCUAUCUCCUGAAUUGAACAGUCCAUUCAUGGCAGGUGUGGAGUCUCUGGAUGACAUCAUUUGAAUAAGCAUGACAUCGACGUUCUCCAUGACCAUCUGUCUGUGGACUGCCUAAUAUUUCCAAUACUUCUGGGGCAAAUAUUAUGUUUGUUAUGCUGACAUUGUCAUUCAGCGUAAUAAAGCCAUGCAUAAUGAUAUCGGAGGUGUUUUAAAUAUAAUGAAGUCACCAUGGGGCCUCAGUAAACUAGAUCAGAUAUUAGGGCCCAUUCACCUUAUGAAGACCAAGGUCAAAAAGUUUACUUCUAUGUUUUUUUAUGCGGAUGAAAGUGCAUUCCUAACUUUUUACUUCAAGCAAUUAAGAUAAUAUUACCUAAAGAUUAUCAACACUUGUAAUCCAUCCAUUGCCUUUAUCCAUCCCCAAGGCUCUUGUGUCAUCUGUAAGUAAUGGAUAUUUGAAAGAAAUAGGCCUAUGGCAAAAUGCAACUCUGUAGGAAAUACUGAGGUUUGCUAUCUUGUCUCUGACAUUGUGGUUCCUGUCUUUGUCCUCAGGGUUCUGCGUCAGAUGAAAGAGGAUGGCCUGCGUGUGGAAGAGCUGUUCAGUCUCUGUGUGUUCAGGCAGGAUGAGAGGGACAUGGUGCUGAGGGCCAUCAACACCGUGGAACCAGACUUUCAACCCAGCAUCAACACUGUCCUGCACACCUGCUCCUCACCGCUGGUCAAAGACUUCUACACAGAGGUAGGACACAUGUCAACAUAUGAGUAGAGUAGACGCCUCAACCCAUCUGCAGAGGAUGCAGCAUUCAGAGACUUGGCAUCUAUUGCUUGACCAGACCUGUCCUUUAAAAUUUUUUUUUGCUUGUGAAGCAUUUUGAGAUUUCUAUUAUGAAAGCGCUAUAUAAAUGUAAUAAAUUAUUAUUAUGUAUUAUUAUGAGUAGAGUAAAAUAUAAUAGUUAUUGAAUCUAUAGUGACUGGACUAGAAUGAAAUAGAAUAGAACACCAUUUCCAUUGGUGGAGACAGAAAUGUUUCUCUGUCCCCCUCGCUGUCAUGCGGCCAUGCUGUCUGACACAUAACGGGCUUUUUCUCAGUCCAUGGGUGUAUUAAUCAAAUCAAAUCAAGUUGUGUUGGUCACAUACACAUUUUUUAAUUAUGUCGUGCAGCAGAAACCAUUUACCGUUUAUGAACCAAACGGAAGCAAACAGAGCAAAUUGAAUGAAACCUGAAUUUGACCAAAUUCGUUGCAAAACGGUUUCCGUUUGGAGUAAACGGUUUGCAACAGACAAAACAUUUUGCAACAGAAUCAGUGUAAGGGAGAGUUGUUUUUAACUCAGUGCCAAGUUUUCACAACACCAUCUCAUGAGAAGUCUCAAAACUGACUGUCAGCACAAGCGCAUUAGAAGAAUAUACACUGCUCAAAAAAAUUAAGGGAACACUAAAAUAACACAUCCUAGAUCUGAAUGAAUUAAAUAAUUGUAUUAAAUACUUUUUUCUUUACAUAGUUGAAUGUGCUGACAACAAAAUCACACAAAAAUGAUCAAUGGAAAUCAAAUUUAUCAACCCAUGGAGGUCUGGAUUUGGAGUCAACCUCAAAAUUUAAGUGGAAAACCACACUACAGGCUGAUCCAACUUUGAUGUAAUGUCUUUAAAACAAGUCAAAAUGAGGCUCAGUAGUGUGUGUGACCUCCACGUGCCUGUAUGACCUCCCUACAACGCCUGGGCAUGCUCCUGAUGAGGUGGCGGAUGGUCUCCUGAGGGAUCUCCUCCAAGACCUGGACUAAAGCAUCCGCCAACUCCUGGACAGUCUGUGGUGCAACCUGCCGUUGGUGGAUGGAGCGAGACAUGAUGUCCCAGAUGUGCUCAAUUGGAUUCAGGUCUGGGGAACGGGCGGGCCAGUCCAUAGCAUCAAUGCCUUCCUCUUGCAGGAACUGCUGACACACUCCAGCCACAUGAGGUCUAGCAUUGUCUUGCAUUAGGAGGAACCCAGGGCCAACCGCACCAGCAUAUGGUCUCACAAUGGUCUGAGGAUCUCAUCUCGGUACCUAAUGGCAGUCAGGCUACCUCUGGCGAGCACAUGGAGGGCUGUGCGGCCCCCCCAAAGAAAUGCCACCCCACACCAUGACUGACGCACCGCCAAACCGGUCAUGCUGGAGGAUGUUGCAGGCAGCAGAACGUUCUCCACGGCGUCUCCAGAGUCUGUCACGUCUGUCACAUGUGCUCAGUGUGAACCUGCUUUCAUCUGUGAAGAGCACAGGGCGCCAGUGGCGAAUUUGCCAAUCUUGGUGUUCUCUGGCAAAUGCCAAACGUCCUGCACGGUGUUGGGCUGUAAGCACAACCCCCACCUGUGGACGUCGGGCCCUCAUACUACCCUCAUGGAGUCUGUUUCUGACCGUUUGAGCAGACACAUGCACAUUUGUGGCCUGCUGGAGGUCAUUUUGCAGGGCUCUGGCAGUGCUCCUCCUGCUCCUCCUUGCACAAAGGCGGAGGUAGCAGUCCUGCUGCUGGGUUGUUGCCCUCCUACGGCCUCCUCCACGUCUCCUGAUGUACUGGCCUGUCUCCUGGUAGCGCCUCCAUGCUCUGGACACUACGCUGACAGACACAGCAAACCUUCUUGCCACAGCUCGCAUUGAUGUGCCAUCCUGGAUGAGCUGCACUACCUGAGCCACUUGUGUGGGUUGUAGACUCCGUCUCAUGCUACCACUAGAGUGAAAGCACCGCCAGCAUUCAAAAGUGACCAAAACAUCAGCCAGGAAGCAUAGGAACUGAGAAGUGGUCUGUGGUCACCACAUGCAAAACCAGUCCUUUAUUGGGGGUGUCUUGCUAAUUGCCUAUAAUUUCCACCUGUUGUCUAUUCCAUUUGCACAACAGCAUGUGAAAUGUAUUGUCAAUCAGUGUUGCUUCCUAAGUGGACAGUUUGAUUUCACAGAAGUGUGAUUGACUUGGAGCUACAUUGUGUUGUUUAAGUGUUCCCUUUAUUUUUUUGAGCAGUGUAUAUACACUAGAUACUAUUUGGAAAUUUGAUGAAGUUGUAAGAAAUGCAGUUUGAUCUAGUGUUUGGAGAUUGUCAUUGAUUGGAGAUACUGUGUUCUCCUGUGAGGGGGAUAUUUCAUUUAUAUUAUUAUGCGCACACUCAGUAAUGUUGGUGCCCUCUCCUGCCCUGAGCUACGGUUUAGCUGACAGUUCUGCCUUUGCCAGGGGCCCUAGCUAGAAGACAGAGAUAGUGAGGAGAGGAGGAGAAGGAAAGGGAGGAGGUAGUUGUCCCAUUCUGGUCCACGCUGAUAGCCGGGCAUCGCAUGGCACUGCUCCCUGUCUGGACAAUCUCUGCCCUGGGCAGCAACAACAAUAUGACACAAUUCAAAACAUGCAAAGAACAAUGCACAUGAACAAAUACUUAUUAUUCAGUUCUGUCUCAUGGCCCAGCAUGAACUGCCAUAGACACACUGAAACAGAUAAGAGCGUGUGAUAAAUGACUAAAAUGUAAAUGUAUGCGUCCUAAUACAUCAGUGUAUAUACUGUAGUUCCUCAGCAGCAAAGCUUGCUCUUAAAAAAAGACUUAAGAGCCCAUCUACUCAACAGAGAAGGUAGUAUUGUGCCAUGCUUUAGUGCAAUACAGCCGAUGACCAAGUGAUUUAUCUCCUGCGUAACCUUUAGCUUUGUUUUUGCUGCUGUCCAAUAGUGUCUAAGCAGCCUCUCCUUUGAGGACAGAUUUACUGUGUCUCUUCCUGUGUCUCCCGGGUUAAUAAAGAGACACCGUACAUCAACCCCUCUAUGAUGUGUUAACUGAUAAUACCCAGAUGGCCUCUUUCAAUAAUAAAUGACAACAUGUAAAAGCACACAGGCCCUCUCAGUAUGUUGGCCUACUCAGUACCAUUCUAGCUGGACCACUAAGCCAGCUGUGUAUUUAUAUAAUGAGAUAUAUGCGCUGCCACUUUCUAUGAGCGUUUUAAUUGGGUGCCAGCCAGACCUUUGGUGCGGGUUAAGCUUAAAGCAACAGCAUGUAAAGAUGCAGUAUAAGCAUAUUUCUUUUUUAAUUGGCCACGGGAGGGUGAUGGGAUGGAAGUUAAUCUGCAUAGCUACUGGCUGUUAAUUGAGGCUGUGUGGGUUUGGUCAGCGUUAGUUUGUGCCCUCCUUUUUUCUCUCUGUCAGGUGACUGCAGGCACAGGGGGAAUGGUGGCGUGGGCCUGCCUUAGUCCAUUUAGUGCCUUCACUCCAAGCACCACACACACACACACACACACACACACACACACACACACACACACACACACACACACACACACACACACACACACAGAGAGCACUACACUGACCUUAAAUGUGUUACCACCCAAUUAUAGAUAUAGAAAAUGAAUAUCCAUACUCCUUUGUAAAUGCAUAUAAUUUGAUUUUCAGUUUGAUCUCGGAAAUUAAAUGCCAAUGGGUCAAGGUACCAGCCCACAGUAAUUGAUGGAGCACACAGGACGCGACUACACCUUAUUACACUGAGUAUAAUGAGCCAUCUGUUUGCUUUAUAGUCUUGUGGAGCUGAGUGUCUAGUGAUUAAGACUGGGUAAUGCUCUGUGUGUUGCAGCAGACUGAGUGUCUAGUGAUUAAGACUGGGUAAUGCUCUGUGUGUUGACAGCAGACUGUGAGUGUCUAGUGAUUAAGACUGGGUAAUGCUCUGUGUGUUGCAGCAGACUGAGUGUCUAGUGAUUAAGACUGGGUAAUGCUCUGUGUGUUGCAGCAGACUGAGUGUCUAGUGAUUAAGACUGGGUAAUGCUCUGUGUGUUGGCAGCAGACUGAGUGUCUAGUGAUUUAAGACUGGGUAAUGAUCUGUGUGUUGGCAGCAGACUGAGCGUCUAGUGAUUAAGACUGGGUAAUGCUCUAUGUGUUGGCAGCAGACUGAGCGUCUAGUGAAGGGUUCCCCAACUGGCCAAAUUUGGACCGCGGGGGAUUUGAUUUGGCCCCCCAAGAUUUAUAAGCAAUUGUUUGGGGUGUAAAUACACCAGAAAAUCAGCUCCAAGUGAUUUUAAUUAUGGAAAUCUGUUCCAAAGUAUUCCCACGCAUAAUAGAGAGGUGUACACUCAGUGGCCAGUUUAUCUAGUACUGGGUCGGACCCCCCUUUGCAUGGAAACGUUCCUCAAUUGGUAUCAAGGGACCUAACGUGUGCCAGGAAAACAUUCCCCACACCAGGCAGGAUGAGUCCAUGGACUCAUGCUGCUUACGCCAAAUCCUGACUCUGCCAUCAGCAUGACGCAACAGGAAUUGGGUUUCGUCAGACCAGGUGUUGGUGAUGGCGUGUCCACUGGAGCAGCUUCUUCUUGUUUUUUUUUACAUUUACAUUUUUGUCAUUUAGCAGACGCUCUUAUCCAGAGCAACUUACAGUAGUGAGUCCCCCAUGGGAAUCGAACCCACAACCCUGGCGUUGCAAGUGCCAUGUUCUACCAACUGACCCACAGGACUGACUUACCGACUUAGCAGAUAGGAGUGGAACACGGUGUGGUUAUCUGCUGCAAUAGCCCAUCCGUGACAAGGACCAACGAGUUUUGCAUUCCGAGAUGCCUUUCUGCACACCACUGUUGCACUGCGCCGUUAUUUGCCUGUUUGUGGCCCGCCUGUUAGCUUGCACGAUUCUUGCCAUUCUCCUUCGACCUCUUAUCGACGAGCUGUUUUCGCCCACAGGACUGCCGCUUACUGGAUGUUUUUUGUUGGUUGCACCAUUCUCUGUAAACCCUAGACACUGUUGUGCGUGAAAAGCCCAGGAAGCCGGCCGUUUCUAAGAUACUGGAACCGGCGCGCCUGGUACCGACGAUCAUACCACGCUCAAAGUCGCUUAGGUCACUCGUUUUGCCCAUUCUAACAUUGUCAAACAGUAACUGAAUGCCUCGAUGCCUGUAUGCCUGCUUUAUAUAGCAAGCCAUGGGCACGUGACUCACUGUCUGUAGGAGCAAACCAUUUUCGUGAACGGGGGAGGUGUACCUAAUAAACUGGCAACCGAGAGUAUGUGAUCAUAUACAUAUGUAAGCAAGGUUUGAGAUUAUUAUGUUUUAGUCAAAUAUUAUGUAUGUUUGGGCUUCUUGAAGUCAAUUUGCAGUCUACAAAUUAUUUGUAAUUAUGUUCCGGCCCCAUCUGCUCAAUAAAAAUCUGCGUUGAUGUUCCCUGGUCUAGUAAUUAAGUGUCACCACUUCCUCCGAAGCUGCCUCCCCUCCUUGUUCGGGCAGGCUUCGGCGUUCGUCGUCACCGGCUUACUAGCUACUGCCGCUUCAUAUAUCAUCAUUCCAUUUGUCUUGUCUUGUCAAUUACACACCUGGUUCAUAUCCCCUCAUUAGUACGUGUUUAAGUGUUCCCUCUGCCCCCCUUGUCCUUGUGGGUGGUUGUUCAUUGUGAGGAUUAGUAGCUCGGUUGAGCUCAGUAUUUUGUAUUGCCGGGGAAUUUUCCCUGUGUGCAUGUUUGUUCCAGUGCGCCUGUUUUGCGCACUGGACUGGUUACGCUGGAUUACGGAAUAAACUCUGUAUACUGUGAUUUACCCUCCUGCGCCUGACUCCUUCAAAUCACGCAUCACAUUAAGGCUGGGUAAUGCUCUGUGUGUUGGCAGCCGACUGAGAUCUGUCUGCUUCUCCCUACCUCAGCUAAGGACUCUGACCUGACAGAACCCUCCCCAUCACCACACACUCAUAUUAUUUAGAACACACACACCCUCUCUUUGGCCAGGACUGUACACACACACACAGCCUGGACACACGCUCGAAUGUGCACGCACACACACGCAUUCCAAAAUAGCUAUGUGAGUGUUCUCUAAAUGUAUCUAAUAUUGACUCUAAUAAUAGACAUUAGGUUUAAUGUAUGCUCCCUUCCAUUGUCUCUCUCCUGUGAUGUAGUAUGCAAGGUAAUAGUCUCUCCCUGGAAAACCCAGUCUGUGUAUGGCCUCUCUGAAUCCUCUGACCUGUGUGUGUUUCAGAGGGCGGAUGCUAAAUACCCCAAGCUGGCCUUCAACCUGGAGGAGCUGCGGGAGAGGUUCAGCCGUCAGCUGAGCAUGGAGCAGGCCAGCACCAUCACCAUUCACUCUGUGGAGGCCAUGAAGCCUGUUACCCCACACAUGGCCAAGAUGGUAAACAAACUGCCCCACCCACCUACACGUACAGUGGGGGAAAAAAGUAUUUAGUCAGCCACCAAUUGUGCAAGUUCUCCCACUUAAAAAGAUGAGAGAGGCCUGUAAUUUUCAUCAUAGGUACACGUCAACUAUGAUUUUUAAUGAAUUUAUUUGCAAAUUAUAGUGGAAAAUAAGUAUUUGGUCACCUACAAACAAGGAAGAUUUCUGGCUCUCACAGACCUGUAACUUCUUCUUUAAGAGGCUCCUCUGUCCUCCACUCGUUACCUGUAUUAAUGGCACCUGUUUGAACUUGUUAUCAGUAUAAAAGACACCUGUCCACAACCUCAAACAGUCACACUCCAAACUCCACUAUGGCCAAGACCAAAGAGCUGUCAAAGGACACCAGAAACAAAAUUGUAGACCUGCACCAGGCUGGGAAGACUGAAUCUGCAAUAGGUAAGCAGCUUGGUUUGAAGAAAUCAACUGUGGGAGCAAUUAUUAGGAAAUGGAAGACAUACAAGACCACUGAUAAUCUCCCUCGAUCUGGGGCUCCACGCAAGAUCUCACCCCGUGGGGUCAAAAUGAUCACUUCAGCUAGCUCAAUUCAGCUUCCUCUCUCUCUCUCUCUCUCUAUAUAUAUAUAUACAGUGGGGAGAACAAGUAUUUGAUACACUGCCGAUUUUGCAGGUUUUCCUACUUACAAAGCAUGUAGAGGUCUGUAAUUUUUAUCAUAGGUACACUUCAACUGUGAGAGACGGAAUCUAAAACAAAAAUCCAGAAAAUCACAUUUUAUGAUUUUUAAGUAAUUAAAUUGCAUUUUAUUGCAUUGCAAAAAUCCCAGAACCACACGGGGGGACCUAGUGAAUGACCUGCAGAGAGCUGGGACCAAAGUAACAAAGCCUACCAUCAGUAACACACUACGCCGCCAGGGACUCAAAUCCUGCAGUGCCAGACGUGUCCCCCUGCUUAAGCCAGUACAUGUCCAGGCCCGUCUGAAGUUUGCUAGAGUGCAUUUGGAUGAUCCAGAAGAGGAUUGGGAGAAUGUCAUAUGGUCAGAUGAAACCAAAAUAGAACUUUUUGGUAAAAACUCAACUGGAUUGGAGGACAAAGAAUGCUGAGUUGCAUCCAAAGAACACCAUACCUACUGUGAAGCAUGGGGGUGGAAACAUCAUGCUUUGGGGCUGUUAUUCUGCAAAGGGUCCAGGACGACUGAUCCGUGUAAAGGAAAGAAUGAAUGGGGCCAUGUAUCGUGAGAUUUUGAGUGAAAACCUCCUUCCAUCAGCAAGGGCAUUGAAGAUGAAACGUGGCUGGGUCUUUCAGCAUGACAAUGAUCCCAAACACACCGCCCGGGCAACGAAGGAGUGGCUUCGUAAGAAGCAUUUCAAGGUCCUGGAGUGGCCUAGCCAGUCUCCAGAUCUCAACCCCAUAGAAAAUCUUUGGAGGGAGUUGAAAGUCUGUUGCCCAGCGACAGCCCCAAAACAUCACUGCUCUAGAGGAGAUCUGCAUGGAGGAAUGGGCCAAAAUACCAGCAACAGUGUGUGAAAACCUUGUGAAGACUUACAGAAAACGUUUGACCUGUGUCAUUGCCAACAAAGGGUAUAUAACAAAGUAUUGAGAAACGUUUGUUAUUGACCAAAUACUUAUUUUCCACCAUCAUUUGCAAAUAAAUUCCUUAAAAAUCCUACAAUGUGAUUUUCUGGAAAAAAAAAUCUCAUUUUGUCUGUCAUAGUUGACUUGUACCUAUGAUGGAAAAUUACAGGCCUCUCUCAUCUUUUUAAGUGGGAGAACUUGCACAAUUGGUGGCUGACUAAAUACUUUUUUUCCCCACUGUAUAGUCUGGCCAAACACUGAAAUAUAUUGCUGUAGUUAUACAGUAUGGAAUAGUGACACACUGAAAUAUACUAUGCUUUAUUUUGUAUUUAAUGAUCCUGAAAUGAACAAUUAUUGGAUUUGUAUAGGAUCUCAAAUCGCUUUACAUUGAAGGGGUGGAAUUUUAUUUAAUCCAUUGCCAAUGAGAAAAUCAUAUAUUUUCAUUAUGUUGAUUUUUUAAAUGUUCAGUCAGUGUCAGCAGUGAGAAAAGUUUUUCUCCAGACAGCAGUCAAAACUUUAAACCUUAUGCGUUGAGGCCUCUCCCCUUAUCUCAGUGAUCUGGGGCCAGGCAUUUACAGUUUAAACUCUCUCUGCAUCUCCAGACAGUGUUUCAGACUGGGACGAGGGUCCCUGGUGGUUCUGCAACAUUUACAGCAGAAUGAUAAUGUAUUUUAAUGGGGCUGUCCUGAGGAGAGGGUGGUCAUCUAGAGGCCAGGCCAGCCUAUCUGCUCUGUGUCAUCUGGGCUCUCUCCUCCUGGCAUGGACAGGCAAUAUGACAGUCCCCUGGAUGGAGGGGUGACCCAGUUUCACAACAUGGCUGGAGACCGCUUCUGUUUGCUCACCAUAUCUGAAUCUGAACACAUGCUGAAUACCACAGAUGAUUAUUGGCUAGCUAGUGGAGUCCAAAUGAAAGAUCUAAUGUGUUUGUUGUUUAACCUUAUGUCAACUUUGAACUCAUGUCCAAAGUGGAUAUAAGGCAGAACUUGCUUAUGGAACAUAGUUCGUCAUGUUUUCAUCCACCAGAACCACACAGUACCAUGCAGUAUUACCUUGCUGAUGGUGGUGUAUGUGACUCUUUCAGAGGGAUCUGCUGGCGGAGAAGCGGAUAGUGUGGCACAAAGCCCUGGUUGGGGCCCUGAGGGAGAGCAAGAUGAUCCUGGCCAGCAGCACCCCGAAGGCCGUCAGACUCAGCCUCUACCCCUACCUCUGUCUGCUGGACCAAAAGGACUAUGUGGACAUCAUGAUCCAGGUAUAAAGCUACAUUAUUAUUAUUUUUAUUAUUAUUAUAUAACCCAUAAUCCUCCUUAAUCCUCUCAACUAUCUCUGACCUUGGGUCAAAUACACUGAGUGUACAAAACAUGACAUAGACUGACCAGGUGAAUCUAGGUGAAAGCUAUGAUCCCUUAUUGAUGUCACUUGUUAAAUCCACUUCAAUCAGUGUAGAUGAAGGGGAGUGUCACAAUUGUUGAGAGACGGGUCAUACCAAGGUGCAGCGUGAAAAGCAUACAUGUUUAUUAACUAAAUAAACAUACAACAAAACAAGAAACGACGUAACGUGAAGUCCUCCGGCUAUACACAUACCAGCCUAACAGGAACAACAUCCCACAAUACACAGUAGGCAAUGGGCUACUUAAGUAUGAACCCCAAUCAGAGACAAUGAGCGACAGCUGCCUCUGAUUGGGAAUCAUACCCGGCCAGACAUAGAAAUAGACUAACUAUAACCUAAACAUAGAAUAUAUAACAUAGAUUUCCACACCCUGACUAAACAAACAAGAGUUCUAUAGGUCAGGGCGUGACAGGGAGGGGACAGGUUAAAGAAGGAUUUUUAAGCCUUGAGACAAUUGAGACAUGGAUUGUGUAUGUGUGCCAUUCAGAGGGUGAAUGGGCAAGACAAAAUAUUUAAGUGCCUUUGAACGGGGUAUGGUAGUAGGUGCCAGGUGCACCGUUUUGUGUCAAGAACUGCAACGCUGCUGGACUUUUCACACUCAACAGUUUCCCUGUGUGUAUCAAGAAUGGUCCACCACCCAAAGGACAUCCAGCCAACUUGACACAACUGUGGGAAGCAUUGGAGUUAACAUGGGCCAGCCUCCCUGUGGAACGCUUUCGACACCUUGUGUAGAGUCCAUGCCCUGAUGAAUUGAGGCUGUUCUGAUGGCAAAACGGGGGUGCAACUCAAUAUUUGGAAGGUGUUCCUAAUGUUUUGUACACUCAAUGCAUAUACUGUAUCUCUGUUGGUUCAAUUCUUACUUUUCUGAGUGGUAUCAAAUUGUCUGAGCUGGUUGACAAAUUAUAUGAACGUUCUAACGUUUCAUUUGGCGUUCCGCAAGGUUCUGUGUUUGGACCCUUCAGGUAAAGCCCACUGCAUCCCAGCAGUAUGUUGGACCUUGACUCCUUUAGACCGCUGAUGUAUCUAGAGUUCUGAGUUCAGGUUUAUUUAGCAUCUUUGUAGUUUGACAUAAAAUGUAAUUCUAUAAAAUACAGAUGAUCCUAAUAAUGUUGAUAUUUGUCUUUGUCAGAGUCUGUCUAACUUGCCACCCAGUGGGGAGUCUCUCCACAUCCUGGCCAAGGAGCUGGGCAACAGGGUCCACAACAAGUUCUGCAUCCGCAUGAAGAGCCACAACCAGAUGGUGGAAAAGCUCAGCCAUAUCUACAAUGAAUAUGCUGAGCUGCUAGCCAAAGACUCUCAGGUAUGACACUCCAUAGAAAUAGGAUGAAUAGAACAGGCGUCCCCAUUCAAGUCAAUGAUGGCAUAAUGGGUGGACUGGUGGCCAUUGCAAGAGUACCCAUAGGAGCAAAGCAGGAAGUAAAAGCAGGAAGUGUACCCAUCAAUAUGUGCUGUGAUUUGUUGAUUCAACUCAACUGACAUUACAAACAAUACAUUCCAUUGCAUGAGCCACAUCAGUUAACAUAAUUUGAAUUAACAUUCUACAUUACCAUGGAAACGUUGCAUCAAAGGCAGGCAGCCAUUGCGAGUUUACUAGUCAAAUUGUCAGGGUUAGAGAUUCCAAGCCUGUUCUAUUCUAUUUCUAUGUGACACUCUUCCACCAACAUCUGGUCUUUAUCUGGUUUUUGUCUGCAUGCAAUUAGAAGAUGUAUUAAAUAAUUGACCUACUGUUUGACUUAAAGAAAACUUCCUUACUGUGCGGUGCAGGAGUUUGACGUAUUGCCUAGGGAGCGAUGGUGGAAGCUGGAGGCGGAGCAUAGCUCUGGCCCCUCUCUGCUGGGGGACAAGACCCAAUGGCCCCACACGGUGGUGGUGGAGCUGGGCACCUACCUGGUGGACCUCAUGGUCAAGCACAUGAAGGUGAACAGCGACAUCCUCAAUCCUGCCUAUGACAGGAAGUUCAUCCCCGUCCUCUACCACAUGUACACCUUCCGCAGUAACAAACAGGUAAAUCAUAUACUACAUUUGAAGUGAUUUAUGCAAGUUAUUUUCUCCCAAUUCUUUCACCAGAUUUCCCAGGUUUAGGGUCAUUUUCGUGUCAUGGCUUAUUCUUCAUAUCGACAUUUAUGAGCGAAAUCAGUCAGUAGUGCAGCAGUCAGAAGGAGCCAUAACAUAACAUGCCGUCUGUCAUAGCUGCUACGUCUGUCUUAAGCUCUCCUCUCACAGCCAGCUCCCUCAUAUUAUUCUGUCUGCCUGCACGGUCCGGGCUCAUAAGCAUAUGAAUAAUAAAACCGCUUUCCCUGCAAGAGUGGACAGCGGUGCAGUUGAGUAAAAGCCAAUUCAUGCUUCAUCCGAAAAUGUGGUCGGAGGCUAUGUAUGGAGGGUGUGACGCAAUUGCUCCGUACCACAUCGCCGUGCGCCUCCCAAAUUGUUUUAUAAUGCGGAGGGCUCCGUAUUGCUCCGCAUUGACUUGAUUGGUUGAUGGUAGGUGGGGGCGGGAGGUCCUGUAUACACACAAAAUCUUUCUUCACAACAGCUCUGCUCAACAGCUCUGCGCUGCUCCGCGAAGCACAAGAAGGAUGAUUGCCCUGACUCCUGCAAAAACUAACUAAUCAUUUUUUUACUGUACCCUUAAUUGGCUGGCUGAUUGACUGCACUGGGAUAGCUGACAAGGAAAUGAAGACGCUUUCUAUUUUGUCCUCUGAGCCUCGUUCCUGGUGGAAAAGAAGCGCCUGCCGGCAUCUCAAUCCGGUGGAUUCGGUGUGCUUUGACAGUGGAGUCCGCUGUGGGGUUCAAAGCUGGUCUCUGGCCACUCCUCCCUCUGCUGUGUUGGCUCAGGGGGGUAGAGGGUAGGCCAGCAGGGGUGCAGCCUAAUGAUUUUACAGCAUGCAGAGUUGUUAGGCUGCACAAUGCUUCUCUGGUAUUUUUCAUGGAAUCUCUGCCUGGUUGAUGGACUGGACUGAAUCUGUUAUGAUAUCUCUCUGGUUGAUGGACUGAAUCUGUUAUGAUAUCUCUCUCUGGUUGAUGGACUGGACUGAAUCUGUUAUGAUAUAUCUCUGGUUGAUGGACUGGACUGAAUCUGUUAUGAUAUCUCUCUCUCUGUCUAUCUGUCUAUCUCUCUCUCUCUCUCUGUUCUGUGUGUGUGUGUGUGUGUGUGUGUGUGUGUGUGUGUGUGUGUGUGUGUGUGUGUGUGUGUGUGUGUGUGUGUGUGUGUGUAUGUGUUAGACUGCACUGUUGGUUUAUACUGUAUGUUUUCUACAAUGCUGUGUCUGUCUGUGAGUUUGGUUGGUGAAGCCUUUCAGGUAGUAGCUAAUUAAUCUCCGGCUGUCACACGUGAUUAAAACUGCUAUGAACCAGAUGCCUUAGCUGGUAGCCACAGUAUUUACAUCAUCACAAUUACACGUAGUCAGGCAAUAAAUCAGCCACACGUGCCCUCCACCAGAAGCCAUGAUUAAUGUGGUGGUGUUGUCACAGCAAAUAAGGCUGCCUGUUCUACUGAAGCUUAAUUGAAACGUUCAGCUCUGUUUUUGAGCAGACCUUUGAUUGGACUGGUACUGUACCUGUGUUUUCGUAUUUCAUAUAUUUAAUUGGAUCUCUCAUGUUGUGAUUGGCUGCAGGUCGGCUUCAUCAAGCCGCACCCCAUCCUGACGCAGAUGCAGCAGGACGCCAUGGAGACCACGCUGACCUUUGACUCCUACGUGAUGCCCAUGCUGUGCCCGCCCGUGCCCUGGACCUCGGCCAAGUUCGGCGCCUACCUCCUCACCCCCACCAAGAUGAUGCGCACGGUGGUUGGCGCCAACCAGCACGAGAUCCUGCUAGAGAAGUGCCAUGACGCGGACCUCCACGCCGUGCUGGACUCCCUCAACCAGCUGGGCAACGCGGCCUGGAGGAUCAACCAGCCCCUGCUGGACAUCAUCAUCUCCAUCUUCAACGAUAAGGGCAGUGAGAAGCUGGACGUCCCGCCGCCCAACUCCGAGGCCCCCAAGAUCCCCCGCUACAACCAGCAGGACUCGGCCACCUAUUCCUUGGCCGAGAAGGCCCACCUGAAGAGGGAGGUGGUCAAGGCCAAGAAGAAGUGCAGUGAGAUGCACAGCCUCAGGAUGGACGCCCUCUAUAAACUCUCCAUCGCCAACCACAUGAGGGACGAGGUCUUCUGGUUCCCCCACAACAUGGACUUCCGCGGGCGGACGUACCCGUGCCCGCCCUACUUCAACCACCUGGGCAGCGAUGUGACCAGGGCCGUCCUGGUGUUUGCGGAGGGGAAGCCCCUGGGGCCUGGCGGUCUGGACUGGCUGAAGAUCCACCUGGUCAACCUGACAGGUUUGAAGAAACGCAGCUCGCUGGCAGGCAGGCUGGAGUACGCCAACACCAUCAUGGACGACAUCCUGGACUCUGCAGACAACCCCCUCAACGUCAGUCUGCUAACAAUGUGUCCUGUUUGUUAUCAUACUGUUACAGCGCAUAGAUUGUGAUUGUAUUAUUCUACCCACUGGGAGAUAAUCUAACCAUUGAUAUGUUGUAUCUGAUACUCUAUUGUCUAUGUGGUUGUGUGUGUGUUUCCACGGCAGGGUAAGAAGUGGUGGCAGAAUGCAGAUGAACCCUGGCAAGCCUUGGCCUGCUGUAUGGAGAUAGCCAACGCUGUCAGAUCACCUGACCCCACACACUUCAUCUCCCACUUUCCUGUGCAUCAGGUAAUGACAGUGACCUCUAACCCCUGCCCCUUGACCCUCCAUUUAGAUCUGAAAGGAUUAGAUGGGUAUAUGCAAUACGGUCAUAGCUCCAUAUUACCCUCUGAAAGAAUAGGUGUACUUUUUGCUAUAUUGCUUACUCCUAGGGUCUAGGGGUCCAUUUUGUUUUGCACGCCUCUAUAGCUGCUGCCAUUUACAACCUCUUAACAGGAGGUGUCUCACUUAUCCGCUAUACUGUUAUUUUAGAGGCCUCAUCAAAGUUAACAAGGCAACAGCUCCUCUGACACCAUUUUGGGGAAAUUGUUGUUUUUAUGUCACUUUACUUUGUGCUCAGUCACUGCCCUGGCUGAUCCAGGCUAAAUGGUGUGUUCAGACAUCAGUUAGCCUCUGUCUGUUGGCUGGGCUCUGGCUCUGUAGAGAGCUGAGCAGCCCAUCGACCUUGUCUGUCUGUGCUUCUUCAGGACUCCAUCCAUGGCCUCGGUUAAGCUUUUAUUUGCCACCCCAAUAAUAUUUCUCUCUUCUUUUUCUCUCUCUCUCUCUCUCUCUCCAAUUCUCUCCACACCCUCCUUCCUCCCCCUCAGGAUGGUUCGUGUAAUGGUCUCCAGCACUACGCAGCCCUGGGUCGGGAUGUGAUCGGUGCCACCUCUGUGAACCUGAUUCCCUGCGAGGUGCCCCAGGAUGUCUACAGCGGGGUGGCACAGCAGGUCAGUCAGCCUGGUCACCAGUGAGCAGUGGCGGGGUGGUUAUAUUGCCCUGCCCCUACCACCUAUAAUGUUGAAAUCCAUUGUGUUUUAUCAAUGAAUAAAUAAUGAUGUACUUGAAGAGUGUCUCACAUUAUCGAGCUUGCUCCUUUAUUUACCUGGGGAACGAGUGUACUUUUUCCUUUGCACUUAGCACAGUCUACAAUAACAGCACCUGCUCUCCUCAGACUAGUCAGAGCAGGCUUUACUUUACCUCUCACCCCAGGGCUCCCUUAGCCCCAGUCCCUGCAGCACAGAAGUCACAGCCCAAGGAUUUUGCUCUGACCAAGCUACAUAUUUUAGAGGGGAGACAAUUUGAGCCUAUUGAUUUUAGCACCGGUGAGAGCGGAGAGUAUUUACAAAGCACAGUGUGGCCGUGCCAAAAACAUCAAGUCGCAUUUAGCUGGAGCAUAGUACACUGCAGAGUUCUCAAUGAGCUGGGCUGCUUUCAGAAUGGUGCUGUGGCAGCACUUCCUGCUCCCUUCUCCUACCUCAUCGUCCAGCAACUCCUAAGGAACGCUGAUUAGAAAGCAGCUGAUGUAUUCAGCUCCGCUUCGAGUCUUGGGGAGGACAAACACCUCCAGUACAUACAGAGGACCAAUCAUCAAGGCAACAAUGUUUACAGGAACGAUACACCCAGUGUAUAUUUAAGGUGAUUGCAGUUAAUUGAUUCAGACUGUUCACUUCUAUAACUAGUACAGUAGGUUCUGUACAGGCUAUACAGCAAACUGCUGCUAAUUUAAAGCGACUGGCCUAUUGAGUCAGAUUUGUGAUAACUGUGUCAGUCACUGACAGUCUAAAUCAAUGUACUGUCUGCAGCACAAUGUGGUGCUCUUAUGCUCCCAUAUUAUGCUAUGCGACUGUCAGAGUUAAUGUAUGAUACUCUUUUGAGUCUGUGCGGUUCCCUUUGGACAAGAUGACAAUCAGACUGUGUGUUUGGUGCUCUCUGUGUGUUUUUAUAGGUGGAGGAGUUCCGUGCGCGGGACUCGGAGAAGGGUCUGAAGAUCGCCCAGGUGCUGGAGGGCUUCAUCAGCAGGAAGGUGGUGAAGCAGACGGUGAUGACGGUGGUGUACGGGGUGACACGCUAUGGAGGACGCCUCCAGAUAGAGAAGAGGCUCAAGGAGAUUGAUGACUUCCCCAAGGUACGGCCUACCAGUCAUCUAUAUAAUAGAACUGCCCCAUGUUUUAGCUUUAUUGCUUCAAUCAUUUUUCCAUUCCCCAAUCGACCCAUUGUUGGUUUUUGAUGUCGCUAGCUGUGGACUUUCUGGAUGAACAGUAUCACAUAAUCAUCUCCUAUACCAUGCGACUGUGUUACGAGAAAUGUCACACAUAGACCUCACUCAGACAAUGACAUGUGUCAUACUGACGACUGUGAUAUGUCUUUAACUGUAUCUGUCUAUAUUAGCCAUUUAACUGUAUCUGUCUAUAUUAGCCAUUUAACUGUAUCUGUCUAUAUUAGCCAUUUAACUGUAUCUGUCUAUAUUAGCCAUUUAACUGUAUCUGUCUAUAUUAGCCAUUUAACUGUAUCUGUCUAUAUUAGCCAUUGAUUUUAUAAUUUUUUAGCUACUUCACACAAGCACAUAGACCUAUUAUAAUACGGUAGUAACCUAAUCUUACACAAGCACAUAGACCUAUUAUAAUACGGUAGUAACCUAAUCUUACACAAGCACAUAGACCUAUUAUAAUAGGGUAGUAACCUAAUCUUACACAAGCACAUAGACCUAUUAUAAUACGGUAGUAACCUAAUCUUACACAAGCACAUAGACCUAUUAUAAUACGGUAGUAACCUAAUCUUACACAAGCACAUAGACCUUUUAUAAUACGGUAGUAACCUAAUCUUACACAAGCACAUAAACCUAUUAUAAUAGGGUAGUAACCUAAUCUUCUUUUUUCUUGUGUGUUUCCCGUCUAACAGCCAGGGAAAUGUGGGAAAUUGUCUCAUUAGUUCAACAGGGAAUCUGGGAACAAUGUAAUGGGAAAUUAUUAUUACUGUGGAAUGGCUGGGGAAAACCGCCUUAUCACACUGAAAUGCAUAUAGCACUGUAAUGUGACAAUCAUACUUAUACACCUCUUUAAGGAAUACCUGGGAUAGGCUAAAGUAUUCCUUCUAACCCCCCCCCCCAAAUUGUAAAGUGGUUAUCCCACUGGCUAUAGGGUGAACGCACCAAUUUGUGAGUCGCUCUGGCUAAGAGCGUCUGCUAAAUGACGUUAAUGUGCCCUUGAGCAAGGCACUUAACCCUAAUUGCUCCUGUAAGUCGCUCUGGUUAAGAGCGUCUGCUAAAUGACUAAAAUGUAAAAAUGUAAAAAUGUAAAAUGUAUGAUAGCCAUUUAGUUGAGCGCGUCUGCUAAAUGACUAAAAUGUAAAAAUGUAAAAAUGUAAAAUGUAUGAUAGCCAUUUAGUUGAGCGCAGCAAUGUCAUCAUGAAUUUAUACCACUCUUUUCAGUCAAACUGCAAAUUUUACUCCUGUAUGAUAGCCAUUUAGUUGAGCGCAGCAAUGUCAUCAUGAAUUUAUACCACUCUUUUCAGUCAAACUGCAAAUUUUACUCCAAAAUCGUUGAUACCUAUAAAAAUGGUGAUUGUCAUAACCUACUGCAGCCAUGCUCAAUAGGCGGACCGCAGGCCGGAUCCAGACCCAGAACGGGGUCAAUACGAUUCGGUCGGGAUUCGACUCCUGGUAUCAUAUGAACACACACGUAAAACUGCAGGAAAUUAGCUUUAAAGCUGCAAUAUGUACCUUUUUGGGGGACCUGACCAAAUUCACAUAUAAAUGUGUGUUAUAGAUCUUUCAUUCUCAUUGAAAGCAAGUCUAAGAAGCGGUAGAUCUGUUCUAUGUGCGCAAUUUCUAUGCUUCCCAUUCUUAAGUUUCAUUUUUGCGUCUUUUACUUUCGGUUUUCUACACCAGCUUCAAACAGCUGAAAAUACAAUAUUUUUCGUUAUGGAAAAUAUAUUUCACAGCAGUUUAGAUGGUACAAUGAUUAUAUACACUAUACUUGCUUGUUUUGUCACAUAAGCUGAAAUUAGGCGAACUAUUAGAACUUUUGCAACCAGGAAAUGGCGUAGCGAUUUCUGCCUAGUGCAUCUUUAAAACUGCAGAUCUUUUCUCUUUGCCAACAAGAGGGGUGUGAACAGUUUGGGGUUCCGAGGUGGGGGUUUGUUACUUUGCCAAUACAUUACAAUAUCCAUCCGGGCCUUUGCCACCUAGGAAAUGUGUGUGACCGGACCUUCUGAAAUAGUACUUGAGUACCCCUGACCUACUGUAUUAUGAUAAUUGCUAACAGUGGAGAAAGCCUCCCUCUAUUGUCCCCCCUGGGUGUGUAUAGUACAGUAGAGAAACCCCCCCCCCCUUUUCAAAUCAACCCAGGAAUGAUUUUAUGGAACAGCACAUAAUUUACCCUGUAGCGUUCCUCAGGGUUCUGUGCUUGGUCCUUUACUCGUUUUGAUUAUGUGCCUAUAAAUAAAUAUACUGUAAAUGUGUUGGAUUUGGAUAUAUGUAUUGUCGAGCCAUUGAGAUGUGUGUGUUGUUAUUGCAGGAGUAUGUAUGGGACGCCUCUCACUACCUGGUCCAACAGGUGUUUAGCAGUCUGAAGGAGAUGUUCACCGGCACCAGAGAGAUCCAGGUACCCUGCAUGACACAAAUUACUAAUAUAUCAAUUUACCUGCUGCAUAUACCAGCUCCACAGUUGACCAGUGUACACAAAUAGAGUGUGAACUUAUUAUUACGGACUAUAGUUUACUCUACUAUUAGCACAGUAGCCGUGCUCGUUCAUCAUAUGCAUUCACUUUAUAGUUCACACACAUUAAGGACGACAUGCACCAGCACCUGGCACGGGCUCAUGCAUUAAAACCAUUAGAGAAAGAAUGAUCAGGGUAGCUUAAGGUGAGGGCACACAGCCCCAGCUCAUAUUAAAUAUUCUCCCCUCAUCUCGCUCCUGCUCCCAGUUCAUCUCUAAAUGGGUCAGGUCCUGCAGGGUCUACACAGCAGAGUCUCAAGGAGAGAGCAGCGGUGGCUAGUUACAGUACAUGAUCAAUCCCUCUCUCUUCCCCUCCUCCCUUUACCUGGCUGGGAGUUCCUGGAUGAAGGAGGGAGAGAGGAGAGGUGGGAUGAUUAGGAGGAAAACAGAGAGAGAGGAGGAGAGUAGAGAGGAAGAAGAGGGAGGUAGAAAGAGGGCCAGAAGGCAGGCAGAUUAAUGGGCCAGCUUUGGGCCUGGCUGCUGCCUGCUAGCUGGGUCCCGUGUGGCUCAGUUGGUAGAGCAUGGCACUUGUAAUGCCAGAGUUGUGGGUUCGAUUGCCACGGGACCAGUAUAAAAAUAUAUGCACUCACUACUUUAAGUCGCUCUGGAUAAGAGCGUCUGAUAAAUGACUAAAAUGUCAAAUGUAAAUAUUAGUCUCCUACACUGAGGCUGUGGAUGAGGACCUCUAGGACCAUAAUAGCGCUACCAUUCAAGAGCGAGCAUCUGUCACCGACUCAGCAACAGCGAGGCCAGCACUGUUGCUCUGUUAUGUCUAGACUAGUGUUCUAUUGUCUGCAAGCAACAACGUUCCACCUGUUUCUAUGACAACUCUCCAUCUCCAUCUGUUUUCAUGGAUAGAUAUAAUCACGGAAGAAACUGCAUCUAAGUUUAAACUGAUCAUACUUCCAAGCUGCUGAGUGAAUGUAAUGUGUCUGUUUUCUCACAUUUUCCUCAAUUUCACGAACAUCCUAAUUUGAACACAAAUGUACUCACCAGACAACAGUGGGUGAUGGAAGUUAAUUGAAUCCCCUAGCUCUGAUGUGUAUCUACAGUAGCUGGCAGCAGAGGAGUAGAAUGCUGUGACCUGUGAGUGGUGUUUCAAGUCUCCUACUUUCACUCAGUGGCCACCUCUCCUUCCAUUGGCUGACCUGUGGCGGUGCCCUCUGUUUCAGGACUGGCUGACGGAGAGCGCCAGGCUCAUCGCCAAGUCGGGCAACACGGUGGAGUGGGUGACACCCCUGGGCCUGCCCAUCAUUCAGCCCUACCACCGGACCCGGACGCAGAUGGUAAGACUAAAUGUAUCUUACUCUAGAUGUUGCUUAGUUAGAGCUCAGAGAAGCAUUAAAGUAACUGUCCAGUGUUUCCAGAUAUAUAUGAAAUAUGACCUAAAUGAAUGACAAUACAUAUAUUUUUUUAAAGGUAAUUAAGUAUGUUCAAAAGCAGCUUUUCUGUGUUGGAAUGGUGUGGGCGUACUCCAACAACAGAAUGGUAUAGGCGUAUACCGGUCAUUAAAAAUAUUAAUGUGAGUAGGCCGUUGAUUGGCCAGCACAUCUUCCAUGAGGAAAUAGUAAACAUUUUUGGAACAGUCUGUUUGAGAUACAAGUUUGAGGUGCGGUUUUUGAAGUGUUUUUAUUUUUCUCCAAUGUAUGCUUUGGCCACAAAUACGAGUAUAGGAUGAGUCGACAACAUUAUUUGGGUAUGAGUUAACAGAAUAUGAACUUUUAAAAGUACGAUUUUCACUGUAUACAAGCUCAGACAUGUCAAACGUAGUCCUUUUCAAAGGGAAAUAUAAGCGUAUUUAUACAAUAUAUGCAAAUGCAUAUAUGUUCUAUAGCUUAAUCAAUCUGGCUGUGGUCACCAUUAAUGCCAGUCACAUGUCCACUGCAGAGAUCAUGAAAAUAACAAGCAGACUAGGGUCCCUCAUAAGGUCCCUUUUUCCCCCUAAUUGGCCCACCUGGCAGACAGCUUGUUGUUUGGCUAUUAGUGUGUCUUGAGCUGGUAGAGGGGCCUAAAAGCAGUAGCAAAUUACAGGGCUCUCUUCACCUCACUUGACCUCUGCUGACCUCACUGACAGACAGGGGGAGGCAACCUCUGAAAGCUCCAUCUCUCAAGUUAUCCUCAGCACUUCAGGUGUCUCUAUCAGCUGUGUACUGGCCUGUCUCUAACAUGUAUUUCUGUCUUUGUCCCGGCUCAGUGCACUGCCACCUUGAGCAGGGCACCUCGCUCCUCUACUGCGCUGCGUGUGUGUGCAGUUGUGUGUGCGUGCAUGUGAGUGCGUGUGCAAACUGUGUGUGGGUUUCUGUAUAAGCACUUUGUGACAUCUGCUGAUGUAAAAAGGGCUUUAUAAAUACAUUUGAUUUGAUUUGAAAGUGAUGGGCUACAUUUUUCACCUCAGCCUGGUCAAACACCUCUCUUCUGUCACAGCGCCUACAGUAGCUAGCUGUGUGUUAGAUGUUGUAGAGCUAUUGAGCACUAGUUAGUAUCAUUCCUAGGGAACAAACUCUUUGUUAACAUGUCUCAGUAGGCUCGUAUUUAGCAUGCUAGCUCAAGUCAGGUUUUAUCAGUCAUUCAUGUCUUGUGUCCUAUUAUAAUUUCUGUCACCUCUGUGUGGUGGGUGGGCUGGGAAUCAAUGGGGAGAACUUGUAGUUCAAUCAUGGAUUCCACAUUAAUUUGAUCUUCCAUCAAUUUGUUAGAAAUGUCAAACAUAAGAACUGACUUGGGUGGUGGAAGUCUACCCUGUUUUAUUAGUGUGUUUGUUUACAGAAUGUCUAAUACUAAUCCAGUGUCCCCUCCCCAACCAAAUUACAUCAUCAAACCUACCUGACUCAAUCAUGUCCUCUUGCCUUUUCCCCUCAUGUCUCCUGCAGCUGAAGUGUACCAUCCAGGACCUGAGUCUCCAGAUCACCCACGACUCUAAACAGUAAGUUCUUCUUCCUCCCAGUGUUUUCGACUAGCGGCCUGGUCUGUUUGGUCUGUUUCGCAAGCGUUCCCGGAAGUGUCGCAAUGUUGCACCUCUGGGUUUAGAAACUCUGUGGCAUGAUGCUCCUUCAUCGUCUCUGUGAGUGAAUUUCAGGGCUCUAAAGUGCAACCAUUUUACUCACAUAUGUGCCUAAAAAUAGAUGUGUGCGAACUGAAACAGUAAAGUGUGAGCACAUGUGCGAGUUGUGAUAUAUAGCAAUAAAAAAUCCUGCAGUAGCUAUUUUCAAAGUAUUUCUGCCUUUUGUUUCGUAGCUGGUAGCUAAUCACACACAAAAAUAAAAAAUACGAAUAAUGUCUUAUUUCUAUGUGAAGAACUACGUAGAGCCCCAUAUAUCCCACCUCGCACAGCAACAGUGCCUGGACCGCAGCAACAUGCCUAGGGCACUGUGAGUGAAAUGCUGAAAGAUACAUUUUUAGGAGCGCACAGGUAUAGAAGUUGAUCGAAUUUACCCAAAAGUCUACUAAAGUGUGACUUUGUCCUUGUGUUUUUUGGCUAUUUACAUCGUUUUGUUCACACACUAGGUUGUUGUUCAAUGUUAGUUUGAGCUUGCUCAACUACUACUAGCAAAGAUAGGUCGGAAAAUCUCUGACAGACAUGUGAAUCCCACGUUACCAAGGUAAAGGCCCGCCCCUUAAAGGGGCAGCUGAACAUUUUUGUCUCACCCAAGUGACUCAAAUAUUUGAGGGUACGUUGUACUUUAUUGAGCAUGGAACACCCCAAAAAACAUUUAUUCAUGAAUUGUUUGUCAUUUCUUGAAAACACUUUUCCUCAAAUACCUUCAUUGUGCUCCUAAAUGUGAUCCUUGUAAAAAAUAAAAUAAAUAAUAAAGGCAGUGUAGAGCCCUGAAUUUGCACAUCCCAUGUCAUGUAGCCUAAGCGUUAACGAUGAGUCAAAAUCCACUUAGCCUUAUUAUUGUUUUCUGGUACAUUCAUUGAUUUUAUUUCGCGUUUCGUAUAGCAGCCAACAGGGGCUUUCAUCCAAGACUCAGUGUUAUUUUCCUCGACCCGAGCAUAAAGGGCAUUUAGCUCGUUUAGGAUUCCACCUCGUCGGAGGUCCUAGCGGGCUUUUUUGUAUGCGUCCAUGUCCGUGUCCCCUUGUAAGCGGUAGCUCUAGCCUUUAGCCCAUGGCGGAUACUGCCUGUAAUCCAUGGUUUUUGGUUUGGAUACGUUCGUCACUGUGGGGACGACGUCAUCUAUGCACUUAUUGAUGAAGCCCGUGACUGAUGUGAUAAACUCCUCAAUGGACAUUUAUAUUUGUCCAACCUUUCAGUUGGAAGACAGUAGCCAAAACAGCUGCAAGCCAGCAAUAUGUUUAACUUUCUAGCCAACACCCAAUUAGCUGCGAGCUUACACAGGACAUCUAAAGGAAGUGGAAGUAUAGAGUGCAGUUGUGUUGGCGAGUUACCCUGUUUUUUCUUUGUUAUUAAUUCAUAAUUCAUUCUGACCUACCUGUGCGCUGAUUCAUGGACUAAGACACUGGCUUUUCAGAUGCUUGCGUCAUCAUGGCCUUAAUUGUGUGUGGGUGCACAAGAGAGACACACUGUCUUUGUGUGUCUUCUCUGUGAACAACUGUUCUGUUUUCUGUCCACAGGAAGCCAGACACUGUGAAACAGAAGAAUGCCUUCCCUCCUAACUUUAUCCACUCUCUGGACUCCACACACAUGAUGCUGACCGCUCUCUACUGCUACAGGUACACUAAGGACUGACCUCUAACCUCUGACCCCCACCACACAGGACUGACCUCUGAUCACAUUCGCUACAACACUCUUAUCACCAUUCAGCUGAUACACUGUCUGCUCUCAAGACCCAUCUGAAUAACAGUUUCUGUUUGAUCCCAUAAACUGUUGUCAUAGUAUGUCACGUUGAUUCAAAUCUCAGUAUGUCUCACAGGCUGUGUAACCUCAUAUUACGGUGUACAGUUUCCACCACAAUUUCCUUCCACGGCGUCUAGCCCUAUGUCUCAUGUCUCUACUCUGUGUGCUCCUCCAGCGCCGGCCUGACGUUCGUCUCCGUCCACGACUGCUUCUGGACCCACGCCCUUACAGUCGACACUAUGAACAAGGUACUGUAG